AUGAUAAUGAUCACUGUGAUUAUCAAAAAUGACAACUACGAUGAAGACAACAAGAGCAACAACCACGACAACCUCGACAACAUCAAAGCGCUCGCAACCGUUCUACUAGGACUCGCCUCCAUCGCCUCUGGCGGCUUUAUUGGCGGCGGCUAUGGCGGUGGCUACGGUAGUGGCUUCGGCGCAGGCUAUGGUGGCGGCCUUGGAGGCGGCCUUGGCGGUGGCGGUGGCCUCAGUGGUGGCCACGCUGGUGGUUUUGGCGCAGGCGGUAGUGGGGGUGGUUUCGGUGUCGGCUAUGGCGGUGGUCUCGGUGGUGGCGCCGGUGGCGCUGGCCCGCUGUCGCCUCACCUAGCCGCUCCACGACAUCCUACGGCACCAGCACUACCACCGUGA